AUGGCUGUUACUCACUUCAGUGUCCCUAUCUGGCAAGAAAUCGUUAUACAAAGUAGCUCGAUAAAGCAACCAAUCCGGUUGGGUGGGACCAAGUCUGUUGGAUCGAGCUGUCACAGGGCCUCGAGCUAUAGAAUUAGUGACCAGUAUCCCAAUUACAAACAAAUUAUCGGUAGUUUGUCCGGUGUAUUCGGGUUAAUUCGGUUAGCAAGGAAGCUCACUCCUGACUGCACGCCGCACGCCAGUCGACGAGCGACAGUGAUGCUCAUACCGCAACGGCAAAGUCGAGCAUGCACCUGUCUACCCACUGAUCUUAUUGGAUGUUCUGAGGCCGCUGAAGCAAAAGAUGUAGGGGUAGGCAUCGCCCUAAGUAACCGGGCGGAAGGGUGUCUGCUUGAAUGGAUACCUGUUGAUCACCUCUGGCAGUCUGGCAACGCACUCGAGGCAGGAAUUGAAUCUUCAAUGAUCGUAUCGCUGAAAAAAUUGAAGACGAAAGAUGAAAAGGGACAGCCUUGUCUACCACUCGAUAUAGCGAACCCAAGCGGAUGA